AUGACUGUUAUCUCACAGAGUACAACAGGACAGCGGGGAAUGACGUCAUACCAAUAUUAUUGCAAUACAUCCACUAGAUGCCAGUAUACGUUGACAUUGCCUGACUGUGGAAAUGAAAAAGACUGCAAUGGCAAAGAUGACCAACCAACGCUUACACAACUUAUAGAUAUCGUAAUGCAGCUAAGUAAUAAAAUUGAACAACUGAAUGACCAGAUACUGGCACUGAACGAUAGAUUGACCCAGCAUAAUGAAAAGAUGAGUGAAAGCAUACAAAAUAUCGCCAAUGACAUAAAUCGGUUAAAUGUCAAGGAUUGUGACUCAAUUCUAGAUGUCUAUGGUAGAUACAGUGGAGUAUAUGAACUAAACCCCAUUGGAAUGUUACAGCCAUUUGAUGUGUACUGUGAGAUGACCGAGUCUGGUGCAUGGACCGUCAUACAGCGUAGACAAGACGGAUCUGUUGACUUCUAUAGAAACUGGGCUGAUUAUAAAGUAGGAUUUGGAAAUACCGAUGGUGAAUACUGGAUAGGAAAUGACAAAAUAUAUCGAUUGACACACCAAGCAUCAUAUAAGUUGAGAAUUGACUUAGAAAAGUUUGAUGGUAAUACUUCAUAUGCCGAGUAUGAUACAUUCUGGAUUGAAAAUGAAAACAAUAACUACACACUGCAUUUGGGACAAUAUUCAGGCACAGCUGGGGAUGCGAUGAGGAUUUAUAAGAAUUUAGAUGGACAACCAUUCAGCACCUACGACAGAGACAAUGACAUCUUUAUCUAUAACUGUGCCAGUAGUUGGCGUGGUGCAUGGUGGUUCAGAGCAUGCGCAAGUUCCCAUCUUAACGGGUUAUACUUUCCACAAGUAAACAACUACAUGGGUAUAGUAUGGAAAACAUGGUAUAGUGACACCUUAAAAUCAGCAACAAUGAAAAUACAGAAAACUGAUUAA